AUGAGUAGUGGAUCACGAAAUCGCUAUGGGAGACGUUCUUCAUAUCACCGUCCACACCAAACACAACCAUACGUUCAACAGCAUUACAGCCAAGAGCACAGAGAUUCAAUAAAACUUUCUCGCGUAAACCAACUACUUUCUCGGAUACGCGAUGAGAAUGAGUCAGUGUAUGCUAGGCGCACUGCACACGUUAAUCAGCUUGUCUCUUUGUUAGGAGAACCUUCUACUCCAUCGGACAAAAC